AUGGAGUUGACCGCCCUGAAGCUCAUUGGCAGCAAGACCACGAUUCCUGUCCCGAGAGUCCAUGUGUGGGGUACCGCGCCAGCAACCCCGGUUGGUCUGGGUCCGUUCAUUGUAACGGACUUUAUUAGCGGCGUGAGCCUCAGCGACCUUCAGAAGGAUCCUAAUGCGGAGUGCCCCACCAGACUAAUGAGGGAGGAUAUCAGUGAUAGUGAGGUUGAAAUUGCCUACAGGCAAUUGGUGAAUUAUCUGCUACAGCUUUUCAAGUUUGAUUUUGACUGUAUUGGCAGCCUGCCAUGGCCAGGGUGUGAAGCCUACACUGCUUCGCCCACUAACAUUCAAGGCACAUAA